AGCGGCAUGAUGGAGCCGUCUCUGCCCGGCACCUCGCUGCAGCGGGCCUGCCGCCUCCUCGUCGCCUUCUGCGCCCUCCACCUCUCGGCCCCCCUGCUCUACUCCCUGGCGGGCAGCGCCCUGGGGCCGCCGCCUCGCCGCCGCCGCCGGGACCCUGCCCCGACCCCUCCCCGCUGCUCGGUGAGUGCCGCCCCGUCGGGGUUUCGUGGAGGGGGUCGGGGGGCUCCCGGCCCUGUCCCGCCGCCGCCGCCCGUCCGCUCGGAUGGGGCGCCGCCGGGACCCUGCCCCGACCCCUCCCCGCUGCUCGUUGGUGCACUACGUGUGGAGUUUUCCCAGCCUGUGAACCUGGAAGAAGUGGCGAGAAUAAACCCAGAGGUCAAAACAGGAGGUCGUUUUGCUCCAAAGGACUGUAUAGCACUUCAGAAAGUAGCGAUAAUCAUACCGUUCAGGAACCGAGAGGAGCACCUGAAGUACUGGCUCUAUUACCUGCACCCAGUCCUCCAAAGACAACAGUUAGAUUAUGGAGUGUAUGUUAUCAACCAGGAUGGAGAGGAAGAAUUUAACCGUGCUAAACUGAUGAAUAUAGGAUUCGCAGAGGCUUUGAAAGAAUAUGACUAUGAUUGCUUUGUGUUUAGUGACGUAGACCUCAUCCCAAUGGAUGACAGGAACACCUACAAAUGUUACAGCCAGCCGCGACACCUCUCCGUUUCCGUGGAUAAAUUCGGAUUUCGGUUGCCUUACAAUCAGAUUUUCGGAGGUGUGUCUGCCUUGAGCAAAGCGCAGUUCACAAAGAUCAACGGGUUCCCAAACAAUUACUGGGGCUGGGGUGGCGAAGAUGAUGAUGUCUAUAACAGGUAA